GCUGAGCCGGCCUGUACCUUUGUCAAUUGCUCCUAGGAGUUACCUAGAGCUGCUGCUAGCUUAUUACUAUAUAUAUGUGGGCGUCUCUAUAAGCUAAUUCUCAUGCCAGGCCUAAUUUCUAGCUACCACUACCAGUUCAAAUUAUUACUAUGACUGAAAAUCAGCCGGCUGGUGAUGGAGAAACAGACCUCAGUAAUGAGUGUAAGGAACUCCUUUCUCUCCCCAAAGAAAGAGGCUGGAUAUCCCUUCACCAACAUCAAUACCAAGGCUUUUGGUGCCCAACAGAAAUAUUCCAAGGCAUAAUCGCUUUCCAAAAGCACUUCCAAGCUAGGGACUCCGAUAUAGUUGUGGCCAGCGUACCCAAAUCCGGCACCACAUGGUUGAAAGCCUUGAUUUUUGCUAUUGUGAAUCGACAACGUUUCGAAAUAAAGAUCCAUCCCUUGCUCACUUCCAACUCUCAUAAUCUUGUCCCCUUCUUAGAGGUGGAUCUCUAUAGAAACAACCUAGUUCCUGAUUUCUCAUCCAAGUUUCCUGAGCCAAGACUCUUUGCGACCCAUAUUCCUUUUCCUUCUUUGGGUACAAUUAAAGAGUCCAAUUGUAAGAUCGUUUAUGUUUGCAGAAACCCAUUCGACUCAUUUGUUUCUCUUUGGCAUUUCUGUAACAAAGUCAGGCCACAAUCUUUAGCUCCAUUGUCCCUUGAUGAGGCCUUUGAUAUGUAUUGCCAAGGCAUGGAUGUGUAUGGUCCAUUUUGGGAUCACAUGUUGGGGUACUGGAAAGAGAGCUUCAAGAGACCUAACAAUGUGUUAUUCUUGAAGUACGAGGACAUGAAGAAAGAUGGUGUAAAUCACUUGAAAACAUUGGCCAAGUUUUUGGACUGCCCUUUCACUGAGGAGGAGGAGAGAAACGGUGUGAUUGAAGACAUAGCAAAGCUCUGUUCUUUUGAGACCAUGAAGAAGUUGGAGAUCAACAAAACUGGAACGUUUGUCUUGAACAUGGAGAGUAAGAACCUGUUCAGAAAAGCUGAGGUGGGAGAUUGGGUUAACUAUUUGACCCCUAUGAUGGAGCAGAGAAUGUCCAAAGUCAUAGAAGAAAAGUUGGGUAGUUCAGGCUUGACGUUCAAAGGGACUCCCGAGCUAGCAGAUCAUGUCCAGCAGAACUAGUUCGGGCUCCCAUUAAUGAAUUAAGCUCUCUGGUUAAUUUCACCAUAAAUGAUGGUAUGUGUCUGCUUUUGUGUCUACUUUCCAGCAAUGGGCUUUAGCAUCAAUUUCAAUUAAUAAAUGUAUGGUUUCCUUCUUAUAAUCCUCGAUCUCGUUAUAAAUGUAAUGUUAAAAGAGAUAUUUCAUUUACUUCCAAAUCCUGUGUAAUGCCAUUAUAAUGUAAUAUUUCCUUCCGAA